UCAAACCGUGCGGUCGUGAAAAAUUGAAAAACCAGCCAGCAGUUUUGGAACAGUCGAAUUUUCCUCCACCCGUGUGUACGUCGUCCUGCCUGGCUCCCCCUUUGCCGGGAGAACAGUGGGUGGUGCUGCGUUCAAACGCAAGUAAAAUAUCCAAUACGUGCGGUGCAGGUGGUUUAAUCGAUAGUUUGGCAAACAUUUGUGAAGAAAGUUAAGCUCCUCCGAGAAGUGAUCGAAGCUUAAUUGAAAAAGUUGUAGAAUUUGCAGAAAGACGCCGAAGAAAAAACAACAUACCAGAAGCUGCUGCCAGCCGCCACCGGUCCUCACUUUGGAUAGCGUCGCCCCCAUUCCGAUCGGCACGUGACAGAAAACCGUGACAUUGGAGAACGGAAACGGAAAACCAGCAGACACGUGGUACGAAACGGAUCCACCGCCACUAUUAGCACCCCGGAUACCGUUAGAGGUACAACCCCAACGGCAGCAACGUCCAGCUCGGAAGCCGCACCUCCGCCGGCGGUCCCCAUUCGGCAGCACUAGUACAAACUAUGACCACUAAGGUGGACGGCCCUGGUGGUCCUCGGAACAACGGUCACGAAAUGGCACCGCUCAAUACGCGGGCCCGGGGCGAUGGCACCCACGGUGUCACCAUCAUGCUGUCGCCGCCGGACCGUAACUCGGUCGGGUCGCGGGAGGGAGCCGGUCUCCCCGAUGGCGAUCCAGAUCGGGCCGCCUGGUCCGGAAAGAUGCAAUUUUUCCUCAGUAUUAUCGGAUACUCCGUCGGGUUGGGCAACAUCUGGCGGUUUCCGUACCUGUGCCAGCAAAACGGUGGAGGUGCCUUCCUCAUUCCGUUCAUGAUUAUGUUAAUCCUAGAGGGUAUCCCUCUGUUCCUCAUCGAGCUCGGGAUGGGCCAAAAGAUGCGACUCGGCGCGCUGGGUGUGUGGAAUACGAUACACCCCUGGCUCGGCGGCAUCGGCAUCUCGUCCUGCAUAGUAACGCUCUUCGUGGCGAUCUACUACAAUGUGAUUAUCACCUGGUGCUUCUACUACUUCUUUAAUAGCUUUCGGGUAACUCUCCCGUGGGCGUACUGCCCGCAGUUGAACGGCACGGAUCUUCCCGAGUGUGAACGGUCCUCGGAAACGGCCUAUUUCUGGUACCGGACCACGCUGGACGCGUCGCCCAGCAUCGAGCAACCGGAAGGCUUCAAGUGGUGGAUCGUGCUCUGUUUGCUCCUGUCCUGGACGGUAGUGUUCUUCAUCGUGAUGAAGGGCAUCCAGAGUUCGGGCAAGGUGGUGUACUUUACCUCGCUCUUCCCGUACAUCGUACUGACGAUCUUCUUCAUCCGGGGCAUCACGCUGAAGGGCGCCGGAGCCGGACUGAUGCACAUGUACACUCCCAAGGUGGAGAAACUGCUGGAACCGACCGUAUGGUUGGAUGCGGCCACCCAGGUGUUCUACUCGUUUGGGCUGGCCUUCGGAUCGUUGAUAGCGUUCGGUAGCUACAACACACCGAAGAACAAUUGCGUCCGGGACGUGAUUCUGGUGUCGGUGUGCAACGCCGUUACGGCCAUCUACGCUAGUGUAGUGAUAUUCGCCAUUCUCGGGUACAAGGCCACGGUUGGCGUCGAUAGGUGUAUUGCAGUGAACAAAGGAAUUUUGUUUAAGCACGGUUUGAUUGACUCGAUACAUGUGGACAAUGCAAUUUAUGAGGAGAAAAUGAACAGCUUGGAUGCCAUUACUAAGACAAAUUGGACCUUUGAGCACUGCAGUUUAGAGGAGCAGUUGGAUAGCGCCGCCGAGGGAACAGGUCUCGCCUUCAUCGUGUUCACGCAGGCCAUCGUCCAGCUGCCCGGUGCUCCAUUCUGGGCCGUCCUGUUCUUCACGAUGCUCCUUUCGCUAGGACUGGGUUCGCAAAUCGGCAUCCUCGAGGGCAUGCUGUGCACGAUAUUCGACAUCGACAUUUUUAAGCGGAUUAGAAAACCUUACGUCACUGGAGUUGUGUGUAUAUUCUGCUUCACGGUGGGAUUAAUUUUCACGACCGGAGCGGGAGAAUAUUGGCUCAAGAUGUUCGAUUCGUUCGCCGGAACGAUUGGUCUAGUCGUGGUGGCCCUCAUGGAAACCAUCGCUGUUAUCUACAUCUACGGACACAAGAAAUUCACGGAAGACAUCUAUCAAAUGACUGGAAUCCGACCCGGUCCCUACUGGCAGAUGACCUGGAGGUAUAUAGGGCCCGUCAUCAUGUUCGGAAUACUUCUUUCAUCGAUUCUGAGUAUGAUACUAAGAAGUCCCACCUACUCAGCGUGGAACGGUGAACUGGGUAUCACCGAGAACAAAUCCUACCCGGACUGGGUGAUGGGCAUUGCGCUGGCCAUGAUCGUUGCUUCGGUGCUUCCGAUGCCGCUGGUGUUCCUGCUGCGACGGUUCCAGAUCCUCAAGGUGGACCUUGACAUCCACCAGGGUUCGAUCCGACGUAACGAGACGACGGCCUCCACCAAGGAGAUGAUUGACGAGGAUGAUGAUGAUGACGACGAUGAUUUCAGUGGGCCGGCCCUGGGUGGACCGGUCAACGUUCGCAGCGACAGUGACGACGAAGACGAGCCGCCCACCAUGGGCAAGAUGCUGUCGAUGAAGUCGUCCGGCGGCGGCGGCAUGACGACCACCCAUCAGACGUUUCAGUUCAAAAACCAGCACCACCUGACGCCCAAUCCGCUGGCCGCAAGCCCGGCCCGGAAAAAGCCAUUCAGCAUGGAGGUGAUGGACUUUUAGGGUUCCGUUUUCAUCCACCACCCCACCACCCAUGGUGCAUUCUGUUCGUCAGCCAUGCGAUUAGCUGCGUUUAAUGUGCGUGUAUGUGUGUGUACUUAAGCAGAAACAAACAACAAAGCUCAGCUAUUUUUUUUAUAAAAAUGUAUUUUAUGCUAGAUUGUGUAUUUGUACAGAGUUACAAAACCAAACACGCCUGUUUGGGAAAUUACUCGCAUAUAUGUCAGUCUUUUAUAAGUUUUUAUAUCGUUUGACCUUUUUAAUUUCUAAGUUGUUUGUAUAUAUCUGUGUAUGAUAGUAAGAGAUCCGUAGUAUUGUGGUUACAAGCAAAGAAAGCAGCCCCUAUUAACGUACUGUUACGCUAAGUUAGUCAAGUUACUCUAGAUGCUAGAGUAUAAACCGUGUGAGAAAUAUGAUUGGAUAAGAUACAAAACAGUGUGCCAGAAAAUAACUAGUGAGCUACUUACGGUAAGCCAAACUUUUUUUAGUUUAUUCCUCUUUUUAAGUUUUACUCAUCAGGAGAAAAGAAAUAUUCAAAUCACCCAUGAAUCGAAGCAUGACACGGUUAUCAUCGUUAUCAAUCGUCUGAAAAUUUCCUUAUCUUAUGUUAAACGAUAAACAAACAAGAACGAAAACAAUAAGCAAAAACUUGAUAUUACUCAAUGCAUACGAAGCAAAUGUAGUUUAUACAAUACACAGGGUGGAAUAAAAAAAAGUCGGAUUUUGAAGCAGAAACCGUGUAGUUUAUUUGAAGGUACCGCGAUUUAUAGGAAGAAUUGGAAUUUGGGUCGUUUUUCACACUCAAUUCGGAUGUAUUUAAUUUCUCUGAGUAUUUUAGUAAGUGAUAUAAUUUGUAAGUAGCGAAACGGAUAAAAUCACAUGUAGCAGAAAAAUCAGAAGAAAAAACCGAAACGAAUUAUCAUAAUGUGUUUUAAAGUCUAGAAAGCAACAUCCCCUCAAUGGAUUGUCAUUUUACCAAGCCGUACUUUACCAGCAACCAACUUAUGACAGACGUAACACGUUUAAUAAUAAGCGAAGAAGAUUGAACAAAUUAUCAUUAGAUCGUUAGUAGACUGGUUCAUUUGAGAGACUUGCUGAUUGUAGAAAUCUUUAAGAAACUGUUCAGUCUGGUUAGGUUACCAUAUUGUACUCUUUGGAGGUUAUUGCAUCUACUGGAAAUAUGUUUACCAAAUUGCACUUAAUGCACAAUUACAGUUUGAACGCUAAUAUUAUAGAAAAUGUACAUAGAAUGAUGUUCCUUCCUGAGUUGUUCGACCUGACUAUUAAGUUCUCUCAAGGGAUUUAAAAAAAAGAGAGAUGAUAUGAUAUGCGAAAAAGAUGAAAAACAAUAAAAAUUGUGAUCAACAUUAUAUUUAAUGAGAAUACAACGUGUAGCUUGUAAGUUAAUGUUUUAAGAGUUAAACAAAGAAAAAGAACUACAAAAAAUAAGUGAAGAAGUUAGUUCAUAAUUACCACAAUCACAACCUAGAGUUGAUUCCGGAAUGUGAAGCACAGCUAAAGUUGUUUCGCAAUAUCACUCAUCCAGAGAUACUUUAUAAUUCGAUCCGAGGCAGCGUAAAGUUGCAACCUUGUUUCCUGUUAUCAAAUCAAUACAAUAGAGACAUAAUGACACAAAACUAAAGUUGCGUUUGAUUAGGUAAGGCGGUUGAAAUUGUUGCUCAUUCAAAUUGUAACUGGGAGAAUAUGGGAAUUGUAUAAAGGUUUUUGUUCUUUUUCAUCUGGUUACCGUUAGUUGUUUAUUUUUUAUUCAAGGAGGAGCGUAUUCAUAGUUGACUGCAUUAACCUUUUCAGGACGGGUGGGCCAUAUAUGCCCAGCGUUUUAGAUUGGCUGUGAGAAAUCACAGAAGAGAGCUAAGUCCCCACAUUCUUCAUCAAAAACGUUCUUCAGGAUAUCGGCUUAAUAUAUUGGAGGUCAAGUUUGACUAUACACUGAAGACCCAGAUAUCCAAAACCUUAGGAAGAUUUCGCUUCUGAGAGCAUGCAGAUAUAUCUGAAAUGUUUGGAUCCUAUACCACAUUGUUUGAUAAUUAUAAACACUCAAUUAAGUUUAUUCAUCUUGAUCGUUGAGACAGUGAUCAAUUUUCAUGAAUACAAGAUGCUCAAGGCUCUUCAAAACGUUUGUAAUCACGUUCAGGGUACAUAAAAACGUUCUCAAGUUCAACCCAAAGUAUCUACCGGAUCAAUCAAGGCUUUUUGCAAUGUCCUCAACAUCGAUAUGUACCCAACCUGAUUCCAUGAGCAUAUGCGCACCAGGCUAACUAAAGUUUCUUAAAUACAAGAUGUUCAAAGAACUCCAAAACGUUUUCAAGUUCAACCCAAGUUAUCUACCAGAACAACCAAGGCUUUUGGAAAGUUUACACUGUCGACGUAUACCCAAUCCGAUCCAAUAGGCACAUGCCCAUCAUGCAAACUCAAUUUUCUUGAUUACGAGAUGUUCAAAGCACUCGAAAACGUUCUCAAGUUCAACCCAAUUUAUCUACCAGAUCAACCAAGGCUUUUGCAAUGUCAUCAACAUCGAUAUGUACACAACCUGAUUUCAUAAGCAUAUGCGCACCAUGCAAACAAAAUUUUCUUGAAAACGACUUGUUCAAGGUACUCCAAAACGUUCUCAAGCUCAAACCAAGUUAUCUACCAGAUCAACCAAUGCUUUUGCAUUGUUCUUAUCGUUAGCAUAUACCCAAUCCGUUCCAAUAGGAACAUGCAAACCCAAUUAUCUCGAAAACGAUAUGUUCAAGGUACUCCAACACCUCCUUAUCUUCGGCAUAUAUCCAAUCCGGUCUACUAGGCCUAUGCGCAUAAUGUAAGCCCCAUUUUCUUCAAUACGAGUUGUUCACGGUACUACAAAACGUUCUCGAGCUCAGUUCAAACUAACUAUCACAUCAAUCGAGACUUUCGAUGUCCUCUUCGUCAGCUACAUACUGCUAGUCGAGUUCAAAAAGCACAUGAUUCUUAUUUCCAUGUCCAAAGUCCUCCAAAGUGGUCUUAGAUUAAGAUUAAAAUAUCUACCAGAUGCACAAUAACUAAGGAGGUGUUUGUGUCGAGCAAUGUCUAUUCGAAUGUGGCUGUGGACUUUUUUUUGGAAUUGAAGUUGUUGGUAAAUUGUUCGAAAGGAGCAUCAAAGUAAACGAGAAAAUAUUUUAGUAUGGCAUCAUUUGUUUACAUAAGUCGACAUCGAGUCUUAGGACAUCGACUCAUGGAGAGCCCACUGUAGCUUGUAAAAGGAAUCAGUGAAAUCCCACAAGCUCGACCCACAAGCUCCGACAAGCUGGAAUGUUUGGUGAUGCACGGAGAUAUCAUUCAGAACUUGGUUGAUCGGGUAGGUCGCAUGUUCUGAACACCAGGACGUUUAGAAGAACCGAAAAGGUCUGUAGUAGCUUGUAAAAGUAAUGAGUGAAAUCCUAUGUGCUCAAUGGACCAGCUGGGAUGUUCAGCGCUGCAUGAAUGCAUCAUUUAGGGCUUGGUUGAUCGGGUAGAUCACAUGAUCACUAGCUUGUAAAAGUAAUGAGUGAAAUCCUAUCGCCUCAAUGGACCUGCUGGGAUGUUCUGCGAUGCUCGGAUACAUCGUUCAGUACUUGGUUAAUCGUUUUUUUUUUUCAGUAGGGUGAGAAUCUGCAUCCAGACACCGGUGGGCUACCGGCGAACGGGGCUUAGCUACCGCCGACCCGCUAAAACCACCCUGUUCACAGACCCUGAGUCUCCCCGGAACAGUCUUGCGGCAUUACUUCUGGGAGGGGUCCGUGCGACUACACGCGCUAGCUACUAGCUAGCUACCCACUAGCCAAUUGCGCUGCAAGAUGCUAGCAAUCUGAGUGGUAGCGGCCGAGACCGCUCUCCACUUUUCAACCUCUUGACACAUCCUCUGGAUAAGAUUAUCCGGGGUAGUGUCCCUCCCGCACACCUCAAACAUUCCGCUCCUCGCAUCGACGAAACGAGGACAUACAAAUAGUACGUGCUCGGCAGUUUCGUCGACCCCUGGGAGGUCCGGGCAGAUGGGAGAGUCCGUAUGCCCAAACCUAUGUAGUUACCACCUAAAGCAGCCAUGGCCUGAUAGGAACUGUGUCAGAUGGAAGUGAACUUCCCCAUGCCUCCUAUUAACCCAUCUUGAUACGCUAGGUAUCAGCCGAUGGGUCCACCUACCCUUAGAAGAGUUAUCCCAGUCCCGUUGCCACUUGAUAGUCGAUAGUCGGCUUUACGGGCUCCUCUGGUUCCGCGCAUUUCGAAACUCUCCUCGUCUUCCCGUAUGACUAGUCCAAUGGGUAACAUACACGCAAUCACACAAGCUGCAUCCCGUGAUACCGUGCGGUAGGUACUUAUCACUCUGAGGCACGGCAGCCUGUGUACACUCUCCAGCUACUGCAGGUUACGUUCGACGUUAAACGCCGAGGCCCAAGCUGGGCCGCCGUAUCUAAGGAUAGAUACGGCAACCCCAGCUAAUAACCUACGUCUGCUGGAGCGCACCCCCGAGCUAUUGGACAUCAUCUUAGAUAAUGCCGCAAUAGCUGUCGAAGCUCUCCUGCAGGCGUAAUCUACGUGACUGCCGAAGUUCAGUCUAUCGUCGAUCAGCACCCCGAGGAGCUUCACCUCCCGCUUGGAAAUGAUCUCACAGUCGCCCACGCGAACCACUGCCUCCUGUACCGACUUACGGCUGUUAACAACAACCAACUCCGUUUUAUGAUGAGCUAGCCCCAGCUGCCUUGAGCUCAUCCAUUCCUCUACUAUAGCGAUCGCGUGGGCCGCCUUCAGUUCCCCCUCAACAAUCGACUCUCCGUAAACCUCCAGCGUUAUGUCGUCAGCGAAGCCAACGAUCUUAACACCUGGGGGAACUUCAGUCUUAAAACACUGUCGUACAUAGUGUUCCAUAGCACCGGGCCCAGGAAAGAUCCCUGAGGGACUCCUGCGGUGAUAGAAGCACUACCCUUCCCUUCAUCGGUCUCGUAUAAGAGUACGCGAUUCUGGAAAUAGCUUUCCAAAAUGUUGUACAGGCCCACCGGAAUGCCCAACCGGAGUAACGAAAGCGCGAUGGCAUCCCAGCUUGCGCUGUUGAAUGCAUCCUCGAGCGUCACAAUCGCACAGAAUCAAGUUCCCCUCCGCUCGCGUUCUGCGGUGCUGGAGGUGGCCAAGGACUUGUGGCAAGGGACGGGAAGAGAACCUUGAUAAUGCGAUUCAACCUUUCCGGCGACCGUUUGGGAGGCGCCAACCCCUCUCUGGCCUUCGCCAUUACUAACCUGUAGGCAUCGCCCCAAAAAAUAGCAUUGGCGUUCAAGCAUAGGUUGUCAAAACACUUCUUUUUACUGCUACUGAUGGCCUUGUUAAGGGCCAACUUCGCAGCUUUGUACGUCAAGCGGCCUUUAUCCCUUAGCUGCUCAGAGCGAGCUCUCGGCAUCCUUCGCCUAGCCCUAAGGCAGGUUUACCGAAGGUCUGCGAUUGCUACACUCCACCGGUAUGCUGGAAGUCUACCGUUCCUCGGUGGUGCCCUCCUCUGCAUGCUGGCAUCGCAUGCACGUGACAGGACAGCUGUCAGUGCGUCCCCUGUAAGACUGUCGGUGUUACCCUCCAGUCCCAGCGCCGCGGUGAAAACUUCGCUGUCGAAGCUUUGGGCCUUCCACCCACGGACCUGACGGGGAUUCCUCAACCUCGGUUGCUGCACACCACAGCUGAUCACGUAGCAGAUGGCUAGGUGAUCGCUGUGGGUGUAGCCCUCAUCGACCCUUCAGUUCAGUCCCCCGGCUAGGCCGGGGCUACAGAACAUGCCAUCAAUGAACGACUCCACCACAUUCCUACGGAAAGUGCUGAUUGAGCCGUCAUUGGCUAAUACGACCUCCAACUUUGCUAGAGCCUCUAGCAAAGCUUGACCUCUCUGCUUGGUGCAGCGGCUUCCCCACUCCACCGCCCAAGAAUUGAAGUCCCCCGCUAUGACAACCGGCUUCCGACCUACAAGGUCGGACGAUAGCCUAUCGACCAUCCGGGUGAAUUGCUCUAUUGGUGGGGCAUAGCAGCUACAAUAGAACACCCCGUUGAUCUUAGCUAUGGCGACACCUUCGACAGGUGUGUGUACGACCUCUUGGACCGGGAACCGGCCCGUUGUGCCGUUGUUUGAUCGGGUAGAACGCGUAUUCUGUACUCCAAAACGUUUUGGAGACCCUGAAAUAUUUUGCGUUUAUACAAAACUCAAACAAUGUAUGUCCUAUUAUCACGUAGAUAUUUUUGGACGCAUAUCUCAGCUAAGGACAUGUUGUUUCUAGACACCUUUCCUGAUACAUUCGAAGAUAUGUACUCCAGAACAGUUCGGACGACCUAGGACGUCCGAAAAAAAAAUUUUAAUACUUUCCAGUUAUAUUUAUACUAGUUUUGGAGGAUCCAGUGUAAAAAAACAAAUUUGUGCGUAAAAUCUUGUGACUUGUAUGAUCACAGCUUUAUCCCAUUA